GCACGUUCGGCAGCCACGGCGAGCUCGCGCGUGCGACUCCGUCCCCGGGCGAACAAGACCAGCAAGGGGGAUGGCGAAGGUACGGCUCGAGAUACGGCGCGACCCGUCUGCAUUCGCUUACGAGAUAUCGGACUCGAAAGGUUCCAUUCCAUUCCGGACAAAUGGUUGGUGUCUGUCCAGAACGGCUUCGUCGCAUACGUCCUGGGAAUUUUUGGAGCCCGAUGUCUGCGAUCAUCUUGACGACGAGACCUUUCGUUUGACAAAUGGUUGGUGUCUGUCCAGAACGGCUUCGUCGCAUACGUCCUGGGAAUUUUUGGAGCCCGAUGUCUGCGAUCAUCUUGACGACGAGACCUUUCGUUUGGUACCUACUCUGUCAUUAAAAUCGAAUGCGGAAAGAAAUGGGGCCGAGCUUGUUCUCACUCUUUGGGCCAGUUUCACAAACGUCGGUUAACUGUUCACCAGGGUUCAGG